AGGAGGAGGAGGGAGAGGCGAGGCGGCCAUGGCCGAUUGCGGAGAAACUCGGAUGCAGAUGGAGGAAGAAGGGCCGAACACCACCGUCUUCAACCUCCUGAAGACGUUCGACACCUACGCGGCCCUCUAUAAGGAAGAAUCGUCCGGGGAGGAUUCGUUUCUCAAAAAUGACUCACUGCCUCAUCCGGACUCACUCCAGACCCAAUACGAGCAAAAGAUGAAGGCCGAGCAAAUCCAUUCGGACACGCGGCUGUUGCAGAUGGAACGGGAGAAAAUGCAGAUGGAAUUAAGUCACAAAAGGGCCCGGAUUGAACUCGAGAAGACAGCCAACCUGAACGCCAACAAGCUUGAGCGGGAAGCUGAGUGUAACCAGGAGCUCCUUAAGCGCAUCAAGCAGUGUCAGGAAAGGGAAACCGAGAUCAAAAAUACCCUUCAGGAGCAACUCGAGAUCAACAAGACCUGCCAGGAGAACAUCGAGGCCCUGAAUAAGAAGCUGCAGGAGAAGGAGACCAAGCUGGCCGAGGCAAAUGAAACCAUCAGCUGCUUGAAGGGAAAAGUAUCAGAGUCACAGUGGAACACGAUGAACCAGGAGACAGAGAUGAAGAAGCAGCAAUCCCAAAUCCAGGAGUUGACCGAACAGGUGGACGUGCUUCACAAAAAAUGGCAAGAGGCCAUUCAGCGCAUCCAAGUCCUUCAGGCAAAGGAACAGCUGAUGUCCAAGAAGGAGCAGAAGAUUCAGGAUCUCGAGCAGAAGCUGUCCGCGCAAGAGCAAGACGCGGUCAUCGUGAAGAACAUGAAGAGGAAGCUGGCUCAGUUUCCCCAGAUGGAACGGGAAUUGCAGCAGCUCCGGGAGGAGAACACCUACCUUAGGGAAAUGAGAGAAAACAACGGACUGCUGAAAGAGGAAGUCGAAGGGCUGCAAAAGAAACUUGAGAGAUUCGAAAAAAUCCAGGCAGAGCGGGUGACUUUGGAACUGCAGAACAAGAAACUUCAGGAAAAACUGGACCAGAACACAGGCCGAGAUAUCAGGAGUCCCGACGAUGUCUCCCAGCACAUAAUUGGCCUUCAGCAACGGGAGCUGAUCCUGAAAGAACAGAACACGGCCAUCGCAAACAGAGCCCGGCUGUUGGAGAACGCACGGAAACAACUGCAAGAAAAGUUCUUAAAGGUUCAAAACCAGCUCCUGGAAGAAAAUAAGAAGUGUGAGCAGCAAGAAGCAAUGGUUAAAAAUCUCCAGAAACAUGUGAAGCUUCUUACCAACGCCUGUGACAGAAUGAAUUCCAUUGUGCAAUCCUACGACAUGGAGAUGAACCAAUCGGAGCGCUUACUACAACUCAACGUCCGCGUGCAAGAAGCUGAGGAGUUGGUGAAGAAGGGGGAAGCCUACUGCAAGGAAAUGGAGGGCCAGUUAUUCGAGGCUUAUGAAGAAGCAGGAAGUCAGAAGAAAAGAGCAAACAUGCUGGAGGCAGAACUUCAGAUGCUGAAGGGUCAAAUGUCCGCCGUAGAGCCCAGCAACUUCCUCGCCAAAGAAGAGCUGGAUACACUGAGGCUAAAGAUUGAGGAAUUGGAAACGGAGCGAAGCCAGUUAGAAGAGAAAAACAAAUUACUGGAAGCAAAGCUGGAACAAGCUAUGGUUCAGGGUGGUCACGAUCCCAGUCGAACCAAAGUACUCCAUUUCUCCAUGAACCCCGCCAGCCUGGCCAAGCAACAGCGUCAAGAGCAGAUGGGGAAUCUGCGGGAGGAAUGUGAACGUCUCCGUGAGAGGAUCAGGAUUUUAGAAGGCGGAGAUGGGGGAGGAACCAGCAGCACCAGCAGCAAACUGGAGGGUGGUGUAAAUCUCCAGUCCCACCCUGAAAUCUCUGAAGGGGAAGCAUUUUGAUCAUUUCCUAAGAAAGUUGAGUGAACUCUAAUGCCUGCCGAAAGAUCCACUGGAUUUUAAAAAUAAUGGAAUCGCUCUACUAAAUCUUUGAAGGCAAAUUGAAUCUGCUUGUUGGCUGGACAACCAGUGAGUAGCAUAAGCAACGAUUAUCCAGGGAAUUGGUUCCAGUUGGCAUUCAACGGUGGGGCACUUAUCUUUUCAUCCAAGAACAAAAAGAUCAACCGAUUCUUGUUGUUCCAGGUGUGGAAUUAGCAAAUGGUGUGGAAUUAUCAAAAAACAAACAAACAAACCUGGCCUACUUAUAAUAAAA